UGAAGGAUGCUAAAAAUGAGCGAUCCAUUUUCGAGUUCCAAAUACAUUCCUAGGGCGAGUGGAGGUGACAGCCUGUUAAACAAAGAGGAAUUUCAGUCAAGUAAUCGACAGAAACCCAUGCCUCCUAAAAAAACGACUCAGUUUCCCGAUGCAGUUGGCAAAGUUAUUGGUCAUGGCAGUGUGUGGCUUUUUGAAACAAUGUCCCACCCGUUCAUUGUGUUGCGGAGAUCAUGUCAGGUCAGCACAGGCAGUACCUAUCACUUAACCCCGUUUACACUGCCGACUGUGGUCUACCAGAUGAGCAGAAAUAAGCCACCAGCGUGGGUGUACAAGGGGUUCAUUAGCUCCCUUCUUGCACGUGGCUUCAACAUGGUGGCAGAGAAUGUGCUCAACGAGAUGACCUACUGGCCACUAGCAGUUUCUGCAUACAGUUCCAUUAAAAAACAGUGCUUACACUUGUUGUUGAAAUGGAGUGGGUACCUGGUGUGUGCCCCAUUCUACAUCACAAGCUUUGUGGUGACUGUGCAGAGUUAUGGAGCCAACGACUCGCCAUCACUGUUUGAAUUUUUCACGGAGGGCAUCACUAGGCUAGUUGGCCGCACCUACCACCACACUUGGCUGGUGCCCAUGUGGCAGCUGCUGGUCCCCACGGCAACAUUGAGACUGUGUCACUACACCGUGCAGUAGGUUGUCUCUCAUCUUGUUGUGCGCUUUAUCACUGAGGAGAGGAACAGAGUUUUGACCACACAGAGCCGUACAGAUAAUGCAGAUGACACAGAUUCAUCUAUUUUGACCACCUCUACAAGCAUCCAGCUCUGAACUUCUCCUUACUCACUCAAAGACCACAGCCAGCCAAUCAGGCAUCAGAAUCUCACCAUUCAACCAAUCAAAAGGAGCCACACACUCCCCCAAGGCAGCAGCAUACCAAUCAAAGCCAUGCACACAGUCUGACCAAUCAGAUGUCUCCUACCAUGUCAUCAGCCAUUCACCUCAGUCCUGUGCUGGGGAAAUCAACCAAUCAGGACCAUGGUUCCAUACUGAGUCCUGGCAGGGAAAGUUAUGUUUCCCACUCAACAGAGAAGGAUAGGGAUGAUGCAAACAUCGAAACGGCUGCACUGUCACAUUUGAAACAAUUUCAAGAUUAUCUAAACAGUUUCACAAAGACCCCUGAGUGGAUAUCUAGCAUCAACAGUCAAGCUGAGAUGCAUGGUGGGGGUUCUGUCACUAGCACCCCUAGAUUGUCAUCACCACCCAAGAUAGCUGCACUGCUGUCCACUCAUCUGCAUAAUAUACAGCAUAUGGCACACCACCCAGCAGUCCAAAGCCAAUCAGGCCAGGCCUUUCAUCCAAUGAAGUCUUAAGUAGCCAAUCAAAUGCGAGAUGCAAGACUCUUCAACCAACCAUCACACUCAUUACAUUCAGCCUCCCAACCAAACUCUAUUAACCAAUCCGAGAGAGCUUUACCUUUCUCAGCAACAUUCUAGUCUUCCUGCUAGUCUCAACUUCCAGCCAAUCUCAUCCACCAGAUUUCCUGUCAAUCAGACAGAAACUCCACCCCCAAGGAUGAAACCAUCCAAUCAGAUUGAACUUUCUCAUUCAAAUUUGAAUCAAACUAACAUCACUGUGUACAGCGACUUAGCCAAUCAGACUACAACUUCAAUCAAUGCCUGGGAUGUUGUGGGAUGGAUCUAACAGAGCGGUGCCUAUACGUCCACCUCACCAGUGUGACGACACUUAUGCAAAUGAGGAUAAUCAGUCCAUCAUUUCAGGGGUUUCAGUGGAUGUGGCCAGAGGCUACUUCCAGGGUGGUCAGAGUUUCUCCCCGCCCACCAGGCAACACAGAGACAGUGAGAACAAUUCAGUGGUCGACCUGACCCAUCAGUCAUACAGACUCAACGAGGACUACAGUGAUCUGUCCGAGCGAGUCCAGAGGCACGAGUCUCACCAGAAUGAGCUCCAACAUUACAUACAGCUGGAAGGACAUUUACCAAGAAUUGAGCCUCGGAAACAGGGGCAUAAUACAUGUGCGUAAAAUGUCGUCUCAGAUUAGCCUGUGCUGUCCACAGAUGCUAAUCAAGGACAACACUUUCCACUUCUAUGGGAUUUUUUGUUUAUAGGAAGAUUCUUUUAAACAAA